AUGAGUUCCCGAGCACAAGAAGAAGAGGCCCUCAAAGCCGCUGUCAUCUCCCACGGCCGCGCGAUGUUCAGUCCUGAAUACCCAGCUGGAUCCGAAUUCGAUGUCAUCUCCUGCAUCGACGAACGUGGCAGCUAUGUCACUAGCCUCGUCGUAUACCCCAAGACAAAACCCUAUGCGGCAGGUAGCGUCGAAGAAGAGGCACUCAGAGCCACCAUACUCUCCCACAUCCACGUCAUUCACGGUGCGAAACACCCGGGAGGCUCAAAAUUCGACGUCGUCAGUAGUGAUACUCCGGGAGACAAGAAUCAAUUCACCGCUUAUGUCGUUGUCUUCCCUCCAAGGCCACUCUUCAAGACAGUCGAAAACGCCCGCCCCGUUUGGUCUCCAAUCAUGUCAUCAGCUUCGGGGUUAUCCGUGAUCCAAGCUUAUGAAAAGCUCCUUGCCGACCUGCGGAAAGAAAUGAAGGAGAUCAUGGUUGAGGCGUACAAGAAGAAGGCUGAGAAGCAAUCCACGAUGAACUCACAGACGCUGGAAUGA